CGGACGGUAACUUAGGGCAAGCGGCGCUUACAUACUAGGCGCCCGCCGUCUGCCCGACCAGCCGCAUAUCCCACUGGGAACGCCAGCAACCUCUUGAAAACAUGUCUACCAUAGUGAACUUACCUUUCGAUCUUCUGCAACCCAUUCUCAUACAUUUACAUGAUCGAAGGCAUCUGAGUACAGUCGCACUAGUCAGUCAUGCAUUCAAUCACGCUGUGACACCUCUUUUGUACAGAAGGCUUGAUUCACAAGUGAAACGAAAUAUCCUUUACCACCCUUCUGCAACCCUUCUCAAACGACCAGAAUUGGCACAGUAUGUCUGGCAUGUGACGGAGACAGGCACAGUGCAACGCUUCCGACAAGUUAUUCCUCAUAUCACUGAAGAUAUUGUUGCAGCGCUUAGACUUUGCACAAAUAUCACGUCUGCAACUUGGGUAGACGACACGUUGACUCCAGAGGCGAAUUUUCUACCCAUACUGGACGUCUUGAUGACUUUACCGUUGCGGGAGCUUACGAUACGCACCCAGUAUGAUCCAGGAGAACGAGUUUGGUCCCGGCUCAAUACUAUUCAGGGCAUUCGUCGCUUGUCAGUGUGGUCUUUGGAGUGGGGCCCCCCGCGGGUACUUCAAGGAUGGGCUGAUCUACUAAGCUCCUCUCUAACGCACCUUGAACUUGGCCGUUGUGCAGGUGUUCCCGCAACUAUCCUCAUCUCUGUCUUUAUGAGACUUCCUUUUUUACAAGAGCUUUGUCUCAAGGGUGCUCCAAGCGCGGCCAUCCCGGCUAUAAUCGCUUGUCUUCCCAAUCUGAUCGCCCUCGACACGGAAUAUCUGGACUCUGGAAAUUACCGCACGCCACUCACGCCAUUACCUCGUUUGCAACGCCUAACAGUCCAAACAGGGUCAGUGGAUAUCGAUGGACCGCAGAAACUAUGGACAUGGAUGAGGAUAUUGCUUCCACACCAACAAACUUUAAAGUCAUUCACGCUAAAUGCAUUUGCAGUGCAUGGCCAAAUAACCAUUCCGCGCCCGUUCAUUGUAAAUCUUACUGGCAGACACGGGAAGUCCCUUCAAGAUUUUGCUGUGGGCGUUGCGCAGUUGACGUUAGAAACUGUAUCCUAUAUGUGCUUGACAUGCCCCCAGCUUGUGACACUCGAAUGCUCUGUGGCGAGUCCAGACGUGGACUCAAUCGCAAAAGCAAUCGAGGCGGGGCACAACCUUCGGACACUCUCGCUUCAUGUCUCUUGGAUCCCUCAUGGCAGCGUUGAUUUGCUUCCACGGUUUGAAAGCGAGGGGAAGGCUAGUCGUUUCACCGAGGAACACGCUCGCGCCUUGAUGCUCCAGACACACCUUCGUAGCAUUGGCAUAGGGGAUCAGUCCUACACAGGUCGGUGGGUUCAUCGGGGAUGUUUUGCCAAGGUCACACAGGAUCUUGGGAAAGAAGAAGAUGUCGUACUAGAAGUCGUCGGGGAUUCAUUCGUCUAGUUUUCAGGGUCACCUGUCACACUGAAUUCAGACCGUGUGUCGUAUCACCAAGCAUGCAUUGGUGAACUGAGUGCAGUGAAGAAAGCUUCAGGCUAUAUCAUAUCACUUCUGGAAGGAAGUAAGAUCUGUAUCGUUGGAUAGGGUAUGCACGAUUUUGAUCUGAAUGGUGCGGCGACUUCAAACCCC